UCCGGCGCCGAUACACUCACUUUACAAGACAAUAGCACGACAACACAAUUACAGGAGGAUAUACGAAGCACGCCGUACCUGCCGCAAUAUCGUCCACUAUUGGGUUCCGCACGGCUAGAAUGCUGCAGCGGUGGGUUAACCAUCAACAAGGGCUCCACAGAGCAGUUUGAUCUCUCUUUUUCCAUGGAUUAGCACUUUGUGGUGAUUUUAUUUUUGCAGCUGUAGCCUAGAAGUGAAAAUGACGAUAACUUCACUACUGCAUCUACCGCGGGAAUUGCGAGAUCAGAUAUACGAUUACACACUCGCGCUCCCGGACAAUAGGACUGAACAUGCUCUGCGCAUCGAGCGCCGCAACGUUAGACAGUUCCGGCCGACCCCGGCUUCCAUCCUCCUCAUUCUCCGCCAUGAAUAUCUUCUGCUCAACCGCCAAGUUGCCAGCGAAGCAACUGAAGUGCUUUUCAAGCACCACACCAUUCAUUUCAGUUGCGGUCCCUGGGUAUUGAAGACGCUACUCACCAGAAUCGAGCAUGAACACUCCCAAAUGGGCAAGCAAUGGCUCCGAUGGAUGAAGAAUAUCGAGCUAAACUGGACUACGUUUCCAAAUCUAAGAUUGUACCCGCCUGCAGAGGAAUCCAGAAAGGGCUAUUGGGGGGAAGAGCACGACGAGUAUGAGAUCGAUGUUGAUUAUGUUCGAGGUGCGCAGUCGGACUCCCACUACGACGAGUAUGAUUUCGAUGGAGAGGCAUACAACGAUAACCUGUAUGCCCCGAAUGAUGGUAGCCUGUAUCCGUCCUUCAGCCAACCCCCCGAUCCUAUGGAUCCCUUCGGCUUCUCCACCCACUACCCAUUCACAGACCCGACACAUGAACCCGUGGACGAAGCCGGUGGAACCGACGACAUCGAAGUGCGGUUGGAAAAGCUCGUAGAACAGGAGGUGGUCCCGCUCUUUGAUUAUCUCGCCAGCCCAACCUUUGCGCUUUCGACCAUAACGUUUCCGCUCUACUUCAUCGCCCGACGGACAUAUCACCACCAGAAUAUCACCCAAGCCGACACUGCACUACCGCUCAAGCUUUGGUACUGGAUUCGACUGGCCAUAUGCGCAUUGCGCACGCUUUUACAACCGGGAAGACAGGGCGGCAAUUCACCCUUCGACGCAGUCAGAGUCAGGUACAUUCCGUGGGACAUAUGGGCCUCGAUGGAUCCUUCCGAUAACUUAGCUGGAUUGGUGAAGAAGGGCCUGUGGAACGACGCUCACGACAAUCAUGGCAUUGGGACUGGAUGGGAUGUUUUUCAGACCAUCAGAUUGGGCCUGGAGGCUACGGGAAUUGACGUCACGAAAGAGUGCGUUACUGAGGUCCGCUUGAUCAGGUGGCAGGGGGAUUUAGACAGUCGGAGGGUGGGGGAUGAACUGGAAAUAUCGUUCAGAAGAGCAUCUUCGCACUAACUGGCGGACAGCCUUCUCCCAGUCUAAUUUCUAUACUUUCCCUCCAUAGUUUCCACAUUGCAAAAGAAGGAGAAGGAAUUUGGGCAUCGAGGCAACGCACAUGGAACAUUACAAGUUCACACCAAUUGAAUGAUAGCCAGAAGUCGUGAUACUUUCAAUAAAUGAACUGCAU